AUGAAAAAUAUUAGUGGAAGUAAAGAACUUGAUAUUCCUGAUAGAUGUGAAAGAGUAGCUAUUCAAGUAACAACAUCGAAUCAUUAUUGUCAUGAUACAACACAUUAUGUUGGUUCAGUUGAAAUUUCAUUUCGUCAUUUGAAAAAACUCGGCUAUCGACUUGUUAUUCUUCCUUAUUAUGAAUUAUUAGCAAUUGAAUCAUCUGCAAAUCGUUUUCGUUAUUUAAAUAACAAAUUGUUUAAGUAUAAUCAAUAG